AUGUCCAAAGGAAGAGGAAGGCAACCAGUUGAUAGACUCGCCCUAGCCCAUGCCAACGGCUACGUUCGAGGAGCGAACCGAAAAAAAGACCAAAAAUACUGCGAAACCUUCUAUUCAGACGAAUCCAAGGCUCUUCAGGAACGGGUUCUGUCGGUAUAUAUCGUGUGGGUAUCCGAAGAGGAUGAAAAUAUCCGAAAAGAGGGCCUUCGUGAAGGACAGACCGUACCGGACCUGGCCACGAUUAAGGACUUUAUACGAUACUACAUUUCUUCUUUGCACGGAAUAAUCUCUCUGCGUUCUACAAAGUCAUCCGUACUGAAUUUCGCUGAGCGGUUCUUUGCUGGGUUCACCCGCCUUACCAAAUCUACUUUUGAUAAAAAGGUUACUCAGAAUGUUUAUAAGCUCGGAUUGGCACAUUCAUACCUGAUACGUCGAAGAAAGACGAGCGUGGUCUUCGAUAUGAAGUACUUCCUGCGACCCGCUAAACUUGGCUUCGCCUGUGCUAUACUACAGGACAUUGAACUUUAUAUUUAUCGUAGGAUGGAUGGCGAGAUCGAACUCUUCUUCCGUCUUAGUGAGAUAUGGGUCAAGAACAAUGAUAAUCCUAAGAAUACAGUAUUUGGCGGACUGUCGAACAGUGCAUGGAGACGAGAAUGUUUCUGUCGCUUGUUCCGGGCAACUGUUAUCAAUGCUGGAUAUCCCGAAAUCAUUACAAUUCACACUUUGAGGCGGGGGCUCGCCAACAGGCUAGACAAAGUUGCGGCCGACUCCGAGAGAAGCCAAAUCCUCACACAGAAGGAUCCUAAUGUGUUUGGAAGAAGCUAUAUAGACAGCACCUCAGCACUUAGUAGCAUUGAUGCAUUCCUGGGCGAGACUAUGCGCCUGGAUCACAUUGAAUAUUUGAGAGGUGUUGGCAAGUACCGUGCAAUUGGCUACCCGAGGACUCUGCCUGCGGAGCGCCAGCACACUAUUACGAGGGACCAAGACUUGCUCGAGCUUGAAAAACGACUCAAAAAGCUAAAAAUCCAGGAAACUAACCUUACAGGCUCCGGCCACAGUUGA